ACAACACUCGGAAGCAGCGGUGAGGAGACGCGGGCGGAAACCGUCGCGCUGCCGUCUCGUCGUAGCCCUCGAACCGACACCGGCCAGGCCACACUGGCCACCAACCAGGCCGGGCCCCGCCCAAACCCAGUACGGGACGUAACGUGGAACGCGAACCUCCUGUUUGUUUGUUUUUCCGGGGCGUCAAUUUCUUCCUUCCUGCACCUCAUGCUCCCGAAUCCCCCAAACUCGAGCACGCCGAUUCCCUCCCGCCUCCCAGAUCUUGCAGAUUGGCGCCAACCCGGUCCGAUUCGGGAAGUCCGCCGGCGCCUAGGGUUUGGGUUGGGCGGGCGGGCGGGCGCCGCGGGACGGGAUUGGUUGAUGCCUCCCCGCCACGCGUGACCGCUGCCCCGGGGCUGGAGAUCUCCUCCGCAUGGAUCAAAGGGGCCGCGGCGGCGGCGGCGGCGGCGGCAGAGGAGGAGGAGGUGGUGGAGGCGGCGGUAACAGUAGCCGCACCGAUCUCCUAGCUGCCGGGCGGAAGAAGCUGCAACAGUUCCGGAAGAAGAAGGACAAGAGGGAGCCCGGUAAGAAGGCGGCUGAAGCUGACGCCGACGCGGAGGCCGAGGAGGGGCCGGCCAAGGCGGAGGAGCCCGUGCCCGAGCCGAGAUCGCCUGUCGGGUUGAAGUUCCUUGCCGGGGAGGGCGGCAGCACUCUGUUUGAGGAAGCUGAGGGGUCGCAGGCAGAGCAAUGCAAUGGCGAGGGUCCUGGUACCGUGGAGUCCAGCUCUAUGGAGAAUGCAGAUGCAGUGCAAGAGCAGGAGAUGGCAGCUGAUAGUUCUGAUGCGCAUAAUGUCGGUACUAGUGAGCAGGGCAGUUCCGAGCAACGUGAAAGCGGGACAGCUGAUGGUGAGGACCUGCCAAUUCCUUCUACCAGUGGAGACGAUCUUGUAGGAGCUCGGCUGGGUGAGGUGCAUGUUGAUAGUAAUCUGCCAGAUACGAUUAUGAAGGACAACAUGGAGUUGAAUACUUCUUCUCAACGUGAUGGAGCUGAUGAUGAUUCCAACCAACUAGGGAAACAGCAGCCGGUGGAAAUGGAUCCUGUUGACAGGCCAACAAGCUCCGGUUUCGGAAAAGUCACCGAGGUGCCAAUUCCUUCUCAAGACAUUGGAGCUGAUGAGAACAAUGAUGAAGGAGCUCAAGAAAUGGUGAUGGAUGUCUCUGGGAGGCCAUUAGAUGGAGAUGUACAACUUGAUGUUGAGCCCGCAGUUUCUGCUGAAAUAGUUUCUGCGACUGCACUUGAAGAAGAGUUGACUGUUACAGCUUCAAAUGAGAUUCCUGAAAGUCCUGUGGGAAGAGGCACUGCGGAGGAAACUGAUGGAGUAGACAGGGAAGCUGUUGAAGAAAAUCCAAGUGCAACACAUGUAACUGAUGAAGCUGUCACUACAAAUGAUUUAAGUUUACAGGCCAAGCCAACAGGGCCGGUGGAUACGCCACUUUGUGAACUGAAUAGUGAUCCAGCUUUAUUUAGAAGUGUGGUAUUGCAAGGCAUUGUGCCAGAUCAUUUUGAGGAUAUACAGAGGCAUCUGUAUCAUGUAACUUUAUCGAGGGAUUUUCUCCAGUUGCAGCUAGAUGAGGCUGCCGGUCUUUAUUCAGCUGUUACACAGCAGUCUUCUGAUGAGACCACCAAGUUCCAGUUACUACUAAAAGAAACUGAAGAAACCAAACUAGCAGUAAGCAAAGAGCUUCAUCAAUGUAGACAUGAGCUCUCCGAGGUGAUCACAGUAAAGGGAGAACUUGAACUUACCAUGGCUUCCUUGAAAGAAGAAAUCAACACUAGCAACUUGAGGUGUGCACAUUUGGAGACUGAGCUACAUUCCUCCAAGGAAAACUCACAACAAAUCCAGAGUGAAUUAGUUGACAGCCGAUUAUUACUGGAGGCCCUGCAAAAGGAGAAUCUGGAGCUUACUGCAAGCCUUGCUUUUGAGAAAGAAGCAAAAAGAACAGUUGAGGAGCAGCGGGACCAUCUAUUGCAAAGUCUUCAGGAGAAAUUAGAGGCUGCUCAAAUUGAUAAUGCUCAGCUCAAUAGUUCUCUGGUGGAGCUCAGGAAAGCAAACUGUGUUGCUCAAGAGGGGAGUGAACAAGCAUUUGAAAUUAUGAAGAAACUAUAUGAUUCCCUGCAGGAAGUUCUAUGUGAUUCACUUAGAAGUUCAGAUCAGUUGGGUACAGGAUAUAGUGCUGAGGAACCAAUUGAACGUCAAUAUGGAAGGCUCAUCAAGCAUUUAAAGAAUUUGUUGCACGAACACAAUUCUAUGCUUUCAACUAAUGCUGACCUUGAGUCGAGACUGUUGAGUAAAUGUGAAGAAGUUGAGGAGCUCAACAUGAGAUGCAGUUCUCUUACAAAAAAUUUGAAUGAUGUUUGCAUUCUGAAUGAAGAGCUUAAGUCAGCUUCUUUAAGUAAAAAUGCCACACAAGAUGAACUACGAAGUAGAUGCCUUGCUUUAGCAGAAAAGUUGAUUUCCCACUCAGCAAAUCAUUCCUCAGUAAUUGUUCAAUUGACAUCUGAUAGUGAUGAAGGGUUUAGCAAGGAAGAUCAUAUCCUUAACACCAUUCUCCCAUGCAUUGAGGAGGGUGUGACUUCAUGCAUUGAAAAUUUUGAAAAUGCAGCUGAAGAAAUCUGCUUGUCAAAGACAUGCUUGCAAGAGAUCAAUAUUUUUAACCAGAUUUCAUUUGACAAGUGGUCUUACCCUUUGCCUACAUUGAUCAAAGAGGAAAUUUUACCGAAGCUGUGUGACUUGCAAGACAGAUUCGACCAGCUCAAUGUACUAAACAUUCAGCUGGAAACUGAAAUUCCAGUCUUCAGGGAUGGCAUGGAAAAGCUGGAUGAAGCUCUUAAAACUUCGCGUACUGAGCUUCAAAAAAAGGUUUCUGAACUUGAACAGUUAGAUCAGAAACUUUCAUCUGUCAAGGAGAAACUUAGCAUUGCUGUUGCAAAAGGUAAAGGUUUGAUAGUGCAGCGUGACAGCCUGAAGCAGUCUCUGUUGGAGAAGUCUGGUGAGGUCGAGAAGCUCACACAAGAACUGCAGUUAAAGGAAACAUUGCUGAACGAGUUGGAAGCCAAGCUCAAAUCCUAUACAGAAGCAGAUCGAAUUGAAGCUUUGGAAUCAGAGCUCUCUUACAUAAGGAAUUCAGCUACAGCUCUAAGGGACUCAUUUCUUCUCAAAGACUCUGUUCUUCAGAGAAUUGAAGAAGUCUUAGAAGACCUGGAUUUGCCAGAGCAAUUUCAUUCUCGAGAUAUAGUUGAAAAAAUAGAACUGCUGUCAAAGAUGGCAGUUGGCACUUCUUUUACUCUACCUGUUGGUGACAAGAGAUCCUCUGUUGAUGGGCAUUCUGAGUCUAGUUUGGCCAUGGAUGCCAUAAACGAUGAGCAGAACUCAUAUUCAAAUCCUGCAUCAGAUGAAUUAAAGAGCAGAUAUGAGGAGCUGCAUAGGAGAUUCUAUGAGCUGGCUGAACACAAUAACAUGUUGGAACAAUCUCUAGUGGAGAGGAACAGUGUUAUACAGAAAUGGGAAGAAGUCCUUGGUCAAAUUAGCACCCCCCCACAGUUCAGGAUGUUGGAAGCAGAAGAUAAGAUAGCAUGGUUAGGAAACAGACUCUUGGAGGUGGAGCAGGAAAGAGAUUCAUUACAAAUGAAGAUUGAGCACCUUGAGGAUUCCUCUGAAAUGCUUAUUGCUGAUCUGGAAGAGUCUCAUAAAAGGAUAUCUGAACUCAGCGCAGAGGUUGUUGCUAUAAAGGCUGAGAAGGAUUUUUUCUCACAAAGCCUAGAGAAACUAAGAUUUGAAUUCCUUGGACUCUCUGAGAAAGCAGUUCAAGAUGAGUUUGUCAGAGAUAAUUUGCGAAAAGAUCUAUCUGAAUUGCAGGAGAAGUUAGCUGAUAAAUCUGAGGAGAACAGGCACUAUCACGAAAUGGACAUAGAGAUCCACAAGCUGCUGAAUUUGGUGCAAAACACAUUGCAGGAUGGCAGUAAUUCUGAAAUUUCAUCGGGUGACAUGUCUGCUAUUUUGUGCUUGGGUAAAUUGGUGACAAAACUUUUAGAUGACUAUGGUACUCUUUUGUCCAAGUCCACUGAAGGGAAUUUUGCUGACAGAGAUGUUCAAUUAGAGGAUAUCAAGCCAUCUAACAAUGCCUCUACAUCAAACACUUGUACAAGUGACAAAGAGAUUGAACUAAAUUCUUUAAAUAGUGAGUUAGAUCAUGCUCGCAACAACCUGGCCUUAGUGGAGCAGCAGCGUGAUGAAGCUAUGGAGAAGAUGCAAUCACAAAUGCUGGAAAUUGAGACCUUACAUGCUCAAAUAAACAAAUUACACGAAAGUGAUGCUGAGCAGAUGCAAAAGUACCAGUCGCUAGCUCUUGAGCUAGAAUCUGUGGGUAAGCAACGGGACAAUCUACAGGAGCAGUUAACUCAGGAAGAGCAAAAGUGUACCUCUUUGAGGGAGAAACUAAAUGUUGCUGUCAGAAAAGGGAAGGGCCUAGUGCAACACAGAGACAGCCUGAAGCAAACUAUGGAAGAGAUGAGUGCUGUGAUAGAGAAACUUAAAGAUGAAAGAAAACAACAUAUAGAAUCACUUGAGACUGAGAAAUCAUCUUUGAUGGACCGUUUGGCUGAGAAUGAGAAGAGCUUGCAUGAAACAAACCAGUACUUGAGUGGACUAUUAAAUGCUUUAAAUAAAGUGGAUGUUGCUCAGGAAUUUGAUAUGGAUCCAAUCACCAAGGUUGAAAAAAUAGCGAAAUUUUGCCUUGACCUACAGGAAACAGUGGUUUCAUCACAAAAUGAAGUGAAGAAAUCGAAGCGAGCAACAGAACUGCUUCUAGCCGAGUUAAAUGAAGCCCAUGAAAGGGCUGACAACCUGCAGGAGGAAUUGGUUAAGGCAGAAGCUGUGCUUUCUGAAUCUUCUAAACAAUACAGUGUUACAGAAUCUGCAAGAGCUAAUGCUGUUCAUCACCUUGAGCAUAUUAUGCAUGUGCAGUCACAAACAAGAAGGAAGCAAGUGGAUCAUUUGAUGGAGUUGAACUCCACCAGCAGUCAACUAAGAGAAGUCUGCUAUGAACUUUCACAUCAUCUUGUCAAUGCAUUCAGUAAGGAUGUGGACCUUAUCUGCUAUAUGGAAAACUUCAUGAAGGCUUCUGGUAAAUGGAUGGAUGACACAAAUAUGAUGGAUGUACCCAUUGCUUCUAAACAUGUUUUGUCGAACCGCAUAAAUAACAAGGCUCAUAUUCCAAAUGCUCCUUUGGAAAUUAAGAUGGAUGAUACCGAUGAAAGACAUAUUUUGCAUCAUCUUGCUAUUGCGUGCCAUGCUUUAUCUGAUUGUGUAAAGGACUGUAAUGAUAUCAAAAGGAGCAUCGAUGAGCAUGGAUUUUCAGUUGAACAGAAAGCAACAGAGCUAUUAGAUGUUAUGUCCAACUUGCAGAGCAGACUCACUUCUCAGCAUAAUGAGUUGGAAUCUUUGAGAGCAAAAGUUGUUGAACUACAGUCAGAAUUGAAGGAAAGAGACGAGGAGAUUGUAUCUGCACGCAGGAAUAUGAGCUUGCUAUAUGAAGCAUGCACCAGUUCAGUUGCUGAGAUUGAAGGGAUGACUGAUAUGUACCCUGGUAACUGGACCUAUGCUGUUGAGCAUUCUGCGUAUGAAUGUAUAAAAUCAAUAGUUGAACAGUUAGUAUUGGCUAUAAAAACUUCUCAGAACAGCAAGGAAGGCAGCACAGGGGAACUGAAGGCUACUGUUCUUGAGUUGCAGCAGGAGCUUCAAGCUAAAGAUAUCCAAAUUAGUGCAAUCAGUUCAGAGCUUUCAUAUCAGUUAAGGGUAGCUGAAUCUUCUGCAAAGCAACACUCAGUUGAGCUUGAAGAUGCAAGAAUGGAGGUCCACAAUUUGGCAAAGAAAGUUGAUAUGUUGCAUAAUCAGAACAAGGCUCUAGAGACUCAAGUAAAUGAGCUUAAAAAUAUGGAGUCAGUGGCAAGUGAGCAGCACGGAAGAAUUAAGGAAUUGACUGAUGAACUAAGCAGAAAAGACCAAGAAAUUGAAGGUUUGAUGCAAGCACUUGAUGAAGAAGAAAAAGAGCUUGAAGUCAUGGAGAAUAAAAGCCAUGAGUUGGAGCAAUUGGUGCAAGAAAAAGAAUUUGCUUUAAAGAGCGCAGAAAUUUCUAGGACUAAAGCUCUGGCAAAACUUGCAACAACUGUUGACAAGUUUGAUGAAUUGCAUAGCUUGUCUGAAAAUCUUCUUGCAGAAGUGGAAAACCUUCAGUCACAAUUGCAAGAAAGAGAUUCAGAGAUCUCUUUUCUGCGUCAGGAAGUUACAAGAAGUACUAAUGAGCUGCUAACCACUGAAGAGAGCAACAAAAAGUACUCAUCACAGAUAAAUGAUUUCAUUAAAUGGUUAGAAACAGCACUUUUGCAGUUUGGUGUGCAUUGUGAUUGUGAUGGCUCUCAAGUUUCUGCCUAUAUGAAUAUGUUGGGCAAAAAAAUAGGAUCUCUGAUAACUGAAUCAGAUGAUUUAAGGGUAAUAGUUCAAAGCAAAGAUUCUUUACUACAGGUUGAAAGGACCAAAAUGGAAGAAUUGAUGCGUAAAUCAGAUGCUUUAGAAGCUUCAUUGAGCCAAAAGGAUUCUCAAAUAGGGUUGCUUCGCCGGGACAGAGCUUCCAGUCAGCUGAGCAGAUCUAUAAACUUGCCUGGUACCUCAGAGAUUGAGCAAAUGAAUGACAAAGUAAGCCCAUCAGUUGUCACUCAGCUUCGAGGGGCGCGAAAAGUCAACAAUGACCAAGUUGCUAUCGAUGUAGAGAUGGAUAAGGACAAGCCAUUAGAUGAUGAAGAUGAUGAUAAAGCGCAUGGUUUCAAGUCAUUGACUAUGUCACACUUUGUUCCCAAGUUCACUCGACCGAUAUCAGACAGAAUUGAUGGGAUGUGGGUCUCUGGUGAUAGAUUGCUCAUGAGGCAACCGACCUUAAGACUUGGUGUCUUGAUAUAUUGGAUUGCACUGCAUGCAUUGCUCGCAAGUUUUAUUUGAAGUCUAUGUGUAGUGGAUAGAAUGAGACGAAGGCCUGAUGAACAGAUGUAUGGUGCUUCUGGUGGACGUGGUUCAGAUACUCUACUUCUCCCCAAACCUGCACUAGUACUAAUACCUGUGCUUGGUGCUGGCCCACACGGUCCAUUUGUUCCUGCACACCUGCAGAGGUGGGCAUGCAGAUGAUGCAGAAAGGACUCCCAGGACCAAAUGCUGCCCGACAAUCUAAGCGUUCAGUGAUGGGACCAAUGCUACCCAUGUAUCCAUCAUUUCCACUUGACAGACGUACUUAUUGAAGUUACAAAGACCUCGACGCUCCAAAGGAAGAAAUCGUCGCUCUUGACUUGAGAAGAUUGUAGAGAAUUUCCAGUUGCCCUUUUUGAUUUCGUUGAUAACCACAGCUAGUUCAUCCUGAUAGCAUGUGCAAUCAGUAUAUCUGACAUGAAAGCAGGUUACGUUCGGUUCCUGAGGCAUGACAUGCCCGAAAGUUUUUUUAGGUUUCCAAUGUGAUGCUUCAUCAUGUUCUGCAGGCUCUAGCACGUCCUAUACGCUCAUAUUAUGAGCAUAUUUUAGAUAGAAUUCCUAUACAACAGUUACCUAUUUGCUGUUGCGCUACUGUGUUUGUCCAUUUGUGAGAAACACAAGAUGCAUGGUCGUUCAAACUGCUUAUAGUUGCUGCUGGAUGGUGGGAUCCUGAGAAAAACUCCCUUUCGUAACCA